AUGAAUUAAAAUAUUUAGAUUAGCAUUGACGAAUCCUUUAGAAAGAUUAUAUGUAAGGAUGUAUAAGAAUAAACUUUAAUGGAGUUUUUAGAAAGACUAAAUUAAUUAAAUUAUGAUGAAACUAGUACAUACUUAUCAGGAUUGGUGUAUUGAUUUGAUUUUAUUAAGUUAGCUAUCUAUUCACUAGAAAGAGAUGGCCUCAACUUGGUGAGUAUUUAUUGGAUAAGUGUGCAGAACAUAUAGCAUUUUAUGAGAUAGUAUAUUCAAAUUUCUCAUUACUAGAUCAAAUGGUCUUAUGAAGCUUAUACUUUUAAAGAGAGACAAAGCUCUGAAAAUAGUGUCACUGUAUUUGAUUAAAAAAUAGAAGAAGCAAUGGUAAAUCGAAUUUCAGAGAAUCAAUAUCAAGAAAAAGAGAGUAGAUCAAAUUAUGUCAAUUCUAUUCAAAGAUUUGUUACUUGUUUAACUGUCUUAUCAUUACAUCUUAAAAAUGUACCUCUUAAUGAAAGAUAACUAUAUUUGAGACGAAAUCUCAUUAAAGGAAAUAGAGCUUUAGAGAGUUUUCGUCGUAAUAAUCCAGGUAUCAGAUAUUGCAAAGGAAUUAUCUUACCUUUUAAAGGUAGAUCAUAAAUGGUUGUUCGCAUUAUUGAUACAGAAGCAUAAUCAUUUAAUACUAAAAAGAGAGUACCAUAUAAAUUAGUAGUUGAAACUGUUGAUAUGGAUGAGUAUGAAUAACGUGAACAAUAACUUGUCACUCUUUAAAAAUAAUUAUCAAUAGAUUCUUAAGCUUUUCUAGAAUUUGAUGUUAUGCAUUAAUUUGAUUAUACUGUAUUUGAAGAUUUCUUAUAAGAAAAUAAAGAUAAGGUAUUGAUAUAGGUUUUUUUAUUUAGUUAGCUAGGUAAUAGAUUAUUAAUUAAAAUAAAAAGAGAUUUGAUUAACAAUUUCCACCUCUUAAAAAGGAAUUAAUUAUACGUAGAAGAAGUUGUAUUGAUAAAAUAUAAUCAUAUACUAAUAAAUAAUUAUAUGAGAAAGAUUUUAAAGAUUUAUUUAAAUAAGAAGAUAAUUUAAAACAUAGUGAUAAAGAAUUAGAUAAUAUUACAUUUCUUGAUUAAAUUGCUAAUGGUAUUUUUAUUAUUUAUAUUAAUUAGAAUAUCCAAAUAAAAAAGGAACAAUUGAGAAGAUUUAAAAAUAGUUAAAUGAUUCCAAAAACAUUAUUCAACAAUAAGAAAUAUAAUAAUUAUAAUCUCCAUCUUAAAAUGAUUUAAAAAGUGGUCCAUUUAGUGAAUAAUGGGAAGAUAAAAGAUAAGUGAUCAAAUCUUUAUCUCCUUAUGGCCAAUUUAAUUCCUAUUGUUUAAGAAGUUUAUUAAUAAAAGGAGGAGAUGAUUUGAGAUAAGAAUAAAUGAUGAUGUAAAUUAUUAAAGUUUCUGAAGAUGUAAUUUAUAUUUUUAUUAUAAUUUAUAGAUUUUAACUUAAGUUGGUUUAUAUGUCAAAUCUUAUGAUAUCAUAAUCACUUCAGUUGAUUCAGGAAUUUUAGAAUUCUGUAAUGAUACUAUGUCUAUGGAUUAACUUAAAAAAUCUAUGCCUUCUAUGACUCUUAAAGAAAUUUUUAAUAAUAUCUAUGGAGAUAAUUUUGAAGAAGCAUAACUUAAUUUUAUAUUAAGUUUAACUUCUUAUAGUUUACUUUAAUAUCUAUUCUAAAUUAAGGAUAGACAUAAUGGAAAUAUUUUAAUUGAUAAUCAAGGUCAUAUAAUACAUAUUGAUUUUGGAUUCAUCUUAACUAUUGCACCUGGUGGAAUUAAAUUUGAAUCAGCCCCAUUUAAAUUAACAAAAGAAUAUAUUGAAUUACUUGAUGGAUAAGAAAGUUGCAUGUUUUAAUUAUUCAAAAGCAAAUUAUUAUUAGGUUAUUUGGAAUUAAGAAAGAAUGUUGAUAAAUUUGCAUUUAUCUUAGAAGCCAUGAAAAUUGAUAAUGAAUUACCAUGUUUAGAAAAAUUUGAUAUGAAAACCUUCAAAGAUAGAUUCAAAUUAGAACUUAAUGAAUAACAACUUGAGGAACAUGUACAUAAAUUAGUUUCCCAAAGUGCCAACAAUAGAUAUACCAAAUACUAUGACGAUUUUUAAAAAUUGACAAAUGGCAUUAUUCCUUGA